AGCCAAAGAGAGGAAAGAGUAAGACAAUGAUUUACCUUUCGGCUAUUAUCGUGUUGGGAGCUGGAAUCUUAGCAGCAGUUAUCUACAAAAUAACGAAGAAGAGGCUCAAAAAGGAGUGUGAAAAAGACAUUGAAGAUUUAUCAGUGCAAGUAAAAUCAUUGGCAACAGAGUCUGAGAGCCCCUAUAGUGUUUCUGGGCUCUACAUAUUUUCUCGAAGAGAAAUUGCAAAGGCAACAGAUAACUUCAAUGCGUCAAACUUGAUAGGAGAAGGAAGUGCAGGGAAAGUGUAUAAAGGUAUGAUGCCUAGUGGACAGAGAGUGGCGGUAAAGCAAAUAAACGCAGAGAAGAAGGCCGAAACAUUUGGUGAUGAGAUAGUGAACGUGGCAAAAGUGAGGCACCCAAACUUAGUGUGCAUAGUGGGGUAUUGCGACAGGGAGGAGUAUUGCUUGGUUUACGAGUAUUGCGUCAAUGGCAACCUUUCGCAAUGGUUGUGGGGAGAUUCUCAUGUAUUGAAAUGGGAGCAAAGGAUUCGAAUUGCCACAGGAAGUGCUCGAGCUUUAUGGUUCCUUCACAAUUACCCUUCAGGGAGGCUAGUCCACAGAGACAUCAAGCCCACGAAUAUUUUGUUGGACGAUAAAUUAAACCCGAAGCUUUCGGACUUUGGUCUAUCGAAGUUCUUGGAUGUGGAUGAGAGCUAUAUGUUCACAGAGGUGAAAGGAACAACCGGGUACUUGGAUCCUGAAUAUGUGACAUUGGGGCGAGUUAGUCUUGCAAGUGAUGUUUAUAGCCUUGGCAUUGUUCUUCUGCAACUGCUGUCUGGGAAGAAGGUGAUAGACUUUAGCACCCCCAAGCCAAGAUCAUUGGUAUCUGAGGCCAGGAAUGUGGUGAUUAAAGGUGGUGAUAUUUCAACUUUAGUGGAUCCAAGAUUGAAAGGAGAGUAUGAUAAACAAGCAUUUGAGAGGGUUCUUUCAGUGGCCAUCCUUUGCACAGCGUCCUCUGAACGUGAGAGGCCAUGCAUGCAAGAGGUUUUACAUGAACUUGAAGAUGCUUCACUCUUUCCUUGUUGAAAGGAUU